GACCUGUACGUGGACCUGGACCUGGACCUGGACCUGGAACUGGACCUGGACCUGGACCUGGUCUUGGCAGAGUUUCCGGAUGGUUUUUGCUUCAGAAGCCUGAACGUCAUGGACGAGGUCUGACCCUGAACCAGCAGGAGAGAGGAGCUGGCCUGUGAUCCCGUGCCGCCGUCAGCCCGCUGAUGGAGCUCCAGGCAGCCGCGCAGCAUACGCCGUUACUAUGGAAACGCUACAUCCACCUGACUCUGCUGCUGGUCCAGCUGAGUUUACCAGAAGUCAGAGCUUCCUGUCGUAUCCUGAGGUGCAACGCUGAUUUUGUGUCCGCGACGAUGGGCCUGGGCAGCAACGGCGGUGGCGGGUCAGCAGGAGGUGGAGCCCCCAGCAGGGAGGCGGUGAACGCCGGCUACUGCAGUGCCCUGCGUUCCUACGCCAUGUGCACGAAGAGGAUGGCGCGGCCGUGUCGGGGUGACCUUGCGUACCAUUCUGCGGUUCAGGGCAUCGAGGACCUUCUGAUCCAGCACCGCUGUCCCCGGGCCGGUCCCACGGCUCAGCCGCGACCCCUCCCUCACGGCACGCUGUCGGGGGACGCCUGCCUUUACGAGAGGAGCUUCCUCAGCAGGGAGGGUCGGACGCCUGAGUACCUGCACUGCAGUAUCUUUGGAGACCCCCACAUACGAACUUUCAACAAUGACUUCCAGACGUGUGCUGUGCAGGGGUCGUGGCCUCUCAUUGAUAAUGAGUACCUGUACGUACAGGUCACCAGCUCGUCGCCAAGGGGGAGGACAUUCCACACAGUGCUUACUAAGAUCACCAUCAUCUUCAAGAACCGGCGCGAGUGCAUCGACCAGCAGCUGUACCAGGCUGAGCUGGACAACGUCCCCGCCGCCUUCGCCGACGGCUCGGUGUGGAGCGGCGAGCGCAACGGCUACCGGAGCCUGACGGUGCGGACUCUGAGCCCCGGCCGCCACGCCGAGAUCCGCGCGGCCCACAUCGGCACGCUGCUGGCGGUGCGUCAGAGCGGCCGCUCACUCGCACUGUCGGUGCGAUCGCCCCGCGGCGUCGUGGAGGCCUUCGGCCCGGAGCAUGACCUCCAGCUGUGCCUGUGGGGGUGUCCUCCCUCCCAGUGGCUCGACACGCUCCGCCCCCUCCCGCCGGACUCUUCCGCCCCCACCGGAACCGUCGCCACCGUCAGCACCGUCGCCGCCGAGGCCCACUGCGCCGCGCUGCUUCCCGCCCGGGACGUUUACUUCCAGGCCUGCAUGUUCGACUCCAUCACCAGCGGGAACCUGAACUCCAGCGUCGCGGCCGUCAACGCACUCCGGGACGCCCAGGACAUGAUCUCCGACGGCGACGGGGUCCACCUGCAUCCGGUCGCGGGUGCUAGCAGGCCGCGACCCCGCCUCACACUCCUGCUCCUGCUGCUCGGUAUGCUGGGAACUCUGGGAAGAGCCUGAAGCUGCAGGGAAUGGGAUUGGGCCUGUCUGUUAAAGCCUGGUUUAUGCUUCUCCGUCAACUCGACAAAGAGGGAACUCCAUCAGCUCGACGCCAUCGUUCUUCGUUGAGGAGCAAGUGCAGAGGAAGCGAUUCACCACCAAAUCGCUUGAGUUUCGGAGGAAACUCUAAUUACCGUACUGGCCCGAAUAUAAGACGGUGUUUUUUGCAUUGAAAUAAGACUGAAAAAGUGAAGGUCGUCUUACAAUUGGGGUCUAGACAUAAUACCCAUUCACAACGCUAGAUGGUGCCAGAUAUCUUUAAAGCGAAUGCUGAACUUAACUCCCCAGGCCAAAGCCAACCCCUGUCACGGAGAAUAAAAAUAAAAAAUAGCGGUAAGAAAGAAAAGAGAAGAAAAUAAGAGAAGAGAUAACAGAAAAUGGAGAAACGUAGCGACAAUCUGGAGAAAAGUGUGUUGAAGAUCGGCAGGUAAACCGGCAGCUGAGGAGAAGUUAUGAUGCAAACUUCAAGAUGAUGGUUUGAAUGAGGCAAAAUAACAUGCUUUUUUUCUCCAAUAUAUUGUAAUAAGAUGUACUGUAAUUAUUUUCUGUAUAAAAAUUGAAU